UAGGAUCUAAAACUUUUAUCUGUAUUAAUGAAAUCAUUAAAAAUGAAAUGUAACCAGAAUUCGUUCGUCCUGUUAACAUGGUAAAGGACGAAAUAAUUUCUUUCCAGAAAAGACAAAAACAGAGCCUACAAUUUAGAAAAUUAGCUCCAAAAAAAUAAAAAAUAAAAACUCUAGAAUGAAAAGAAAACUACUGGUUCACGUUCAUCCUACAGAAUUAUCCCAAAGAAGCAUCCAUCUGUGGCUCUCAUCUUUAGUUUAUGGAGUAUACAAGUUCUCCACAGAAUCCAAAUGAACUCUUCUUUAGCCUCAUCGUCAAUUCUCAAAUAAUUAACAUCAGCCCAUAGGCCUGUCCGACUCUCAGUACCUCCCACGCCACCAUGAAUGACACAGUGGACAAGCUAGUCGUGUUCUUGGCAAAGAGAGAUGGGAUAGACAAGCUUGUCAAGACUUUCCAAUACGUAUCCAAGCUUGUCAAUUGGCAUGCAGAAUCCAAACACCCAGAAAUUGCUCAAAGAUUCAAGCAAUGGGAAGUUGCAUCCGGGCUUAGCAGAAAAGCUUUUAGAACUGGCAGGUUUCUCACUGGCUUCAAUGCUCUAAGAAGAGGCCCAGGCUCAAGCACGACUUUCAGGUUCUUAGCUGUUCUUGCUAAUGCAGGAGAAAUGGUUUACUUCUUUUUUGACCAUUUUCUUUGGUUAUCGAGAAUUGGGACUUUGGAUGCUAAGUUGGCAAAACGGAUGAGCUUCAUUUCAGCAUUUGGUGAGUCUUUUGGGUAUAUAUUUUUUGUGAUAGCUGAUUUUAUUAUGAUAAGAGAGGGGAUAAGGAAAGAGAGAAAGCUUGUUUCUACAAAAGAGGAUGACCCGAAGGAAGUGCAAGAAAAUAUCAGGAAGAUUAGAGCAGAUAGAGUGAUGAGGUUGAUGGCAGUAGCAGCUAAUAUUGCAGACUUGAUCAUUGCACUUGCAGAGAUUGAACCAAACCCAUUCUGUAACCAUACUGUUACUCUUGGGAUUAGCGGAUUGGUCUCUGCCUGGGCUGGUUGGUAUAGAAACUGGCCCUCGUAAAUUUUAUAAUCCCAGCAAACAAAACUCAAUCAUAGCAGUGAAUUCUUGAAAAUGGAAAACUGAAAUAUGUCUCUCGUUCAUCUUUGUAGCUAUGGAUAUUGCAGUGCAGUUACAUUGUGCUUCAAAGUUUUCCUAUAUGUCAUACUGUUUAUAAUUAAUCAACUCUACGGUUGAAUUUUA